AUGAAGUUCCUACCUCUCCGCGAUUUCGACGACGUCACCAGCGCGUUAAACUUCCACACACCCGAUUGUAAGGUCAUCGGCGGUUGCGAUCUAUAUACUACGAAAGCCGCUGGGUCGGAUAAAAAACUAUAUCGGAACAUCGAGAACUCUUUGGAGUCCCAGUACGAAUCCCUCCUUCGGCUUUCCGCCUCCGUGUCUCCACCCCAAGGCUCGUCUGGUCCCUCGCCUUUGAACCUGUCCCGGUCCAGUCCUUUCGGUCCCUUGAGCCAGAUCUCAAGUCGCCGCACGUUUGCAUACCUUAUUGCCACGCUUAAUGCUAGCCAUCCCGACUAUGAUUUCUCGCAUAUUCUCAGACCUGCAGAUUUCCGUAGGGAACGAAGCUUGAAGGCAAUCCAGCGCUUGUGUGGACCUCACUGGGGUUCGCUUAACCCCACAAUACAAUGUCCCGGUCCCGAUUUCUGA